GGACUUGUUUCUUACUUCCACACGCAGCAGUAGAGUGUGGAGACAGCACCAAAACGCUGCGUUUCGUGGAGAUGAAGUUUGAUUCGGAAGUGAAGAAGUGGACGCAGCACAGAGAGUGGGUAUGGGGAUCUGUGGGAGAGAGUAUUGCAUUGGGAAACUAAAAUCCCAAGUCAGAAAGUAAUAAUAAAAAAGCUGAAGUUUAAAAUUAUAAAAAAGGAGUCGUACUGAUACGCUAUCCUGUUGAUGAAGAUGGCAGAAGAUUUGCUUUACUUCUGCCCUGCGCUUUCUUCUCCUUUUGCUGCUGCUCUUUACUUCUUCUCAUUCAUCAUGCUUUUAUGAUUUCGUUUUCGUAGAUAGGGAACAAAUGCAAAGCUUCAAAGCAGCUCCCACCGCCUCCGAUAUGUAUUACCACCCUCACUAUUUUCUUCGAGGCGACGAAAGUAGCCGAAAUCAAACGCGUUUUCCGGAUCUUGGAGAGCUUGAACAGUCCGCUGCGUUUCAUCACGACGAUGCUGUUGAUUUAAGUUCAAGCGCCAUGUUUCGCUUGAAGUCGGGCAAUGUAGGUGUUGUUUCUCCGUUACAUUUUGGAGGCUUGAACACGAACAUUGGCCCGUCGGACAUGGUUUCAACAUCAGGAACAGGAGUGGUGGACACAGGGCAGCUCAUGUUCUCAAAGGGGACGGCUGAGACGGCGACGGCGACGGUAGCUUCGUUGGGAAAUGGGCACUUUGAGAACUGGGGUGAGUCUGGCAUGGGUGACAACAGCCAACAGACUGACACUUCCACAGAUGUUGACACUGAUGAUAAAAACCAGUAUCAUGGAGUCCAACAUGGAGCACUUGUAGCUGUGGAUUCCAUGGACCAAUCCAAGGGGAAAACUGGAGACCAGAAGACACUUCGUAGGCUGGCUCAGAAUCGAGAGGCUGCAAGGAAGAGUCGUCUGAGGAAGAAAGCAUAUGUCCAGCAGCUGGAGUGUAGCCAACUCAAGCUUACACAGUUAGAGCAAGAGCUUCAACGAGCACGCCAGCAGGGUGUUUUUAUUGCGACUGGAUUUUCUGGGGAUCAGAGUCAUUCCAUGGGUGGAAAUGGGGCUUUAGCAUUUGACAUGGAUUAUGCUCGCUGGCUUGAUGAACAUCAGCGGCUGAUCAAUGACCUGAGAUCAGCUGUAAAUUCUCAUGUGGGGGAUAAUGAACUACGCAUUCUUGUUGAUGGUGUAAUGGCACAUUAUGAUGAAAUAUUCAGGCUAAAGAGCAUGGGGGCAAAAUCUGAUGUGUUUCACAUGCUUUCUGGCAUGUGGAAGACGCCUGCAGAGAGAUGUUUCAUGUGGUUGGGUGGAUUCCGAUCAUCUGAACUUCUGAAGAUACUUGGGAACCAACUUGAACCUUUAACAGAUCAGCAGCUGAUGGGCAUAUGUAAUCUACAACAGUCCUCACAGCAAGCUGAGGAUGCAUUAUCACAAGGAAUGGAAGCACUACAACAAUCUCUUGUAGAAACACUUUCCUCUAAUUCUCUGGGUCCUGCUGGUUCUGGAAAUGUUGCUGAUUACAUGGGCCAAAUGGCAAUUGCAAUGGGCAAGCUGGCCACCCUCGAAAAUUUCCUUCACCAGGCUGACCUCCUGAGGCAGCAGACUUUGCAACAAAUGCAUCGAAUUUUGACCACACGCCAAGCAGCUCGUGCCCUUCUGGUCAUCAGUGAUUACAUGUCUCGGCUGCGUGCUCUCAGCUCUUUAUGGUUAGCACGCCCUAGGGACUGACAUUAUCUCCUGCAUCACUCCAGCCUUUGGAUUUUAGCUUAUGCAUUUGACAGGAUUAACUCUACUGAAGAUGGCCCAUUAAAAGUAAUAUGAUAGUAAAGACAGCGAAAAAGGCAUUGAAGACUGCCAACAUGUAUCCCUUUUGCGCCCUCCCUGCUGCUGUUGUAAUUUUCUACUGGUACAUGCAUGGUUCUGCAUUUUUCAGCAUCUCAGAUACAACCCUGUAUUUUAAUGGGCAGUCCCAGAAAGGCUACUAGGGUAGUCUAUGACAUUAAUGUUGUAAUUAGGUCAUGUUCUGUCCUUUAGGCAUUUAAGAGUACAAUUAAAACCUUCUGAUCACAUAUUUAAUAGUAUCAGAUCAUUACUGGUUGAUACUUAUUUACUUACAGGCGGCAUGUACUUAGUUCCCAAACGUGGGGUAAACCCAGAUUUUUAAGUUUCCUAUUUGCAUCA